AUGACGAUAGCUCCAACUCCAAAUAAAAAACUCAAAGCAUCAGGAAGCAAAGAAGGUGAACGAGAUCGUAAAAGACCGCGACAUAUUCCUUCUACUUCGCACGAUCCUUCUAUUAGAACGAAAAAUGCGAGGAAUCAAAUCGGGCCUCAGUCAAAGAAAAAGCAAAAAGUUCGCCGAGAUCCGCCGCCAAGAAGCGACUCGAAGCUUGGGCAAUGUGACCCAAGCGUUCCCCUUUCUCCAUGUCUCUCACCACGAAUGUCGCCUCUUUCUAGCAACUCGCAAACAAGUCGAGUUGCAUCUCAACCCGAGCAAUCCGGCUACAACUCAGAGGACGAGUACGAUCGAGCGGCAGAAUACAGCGAAGAGCGAGAAAAAAACUUCCGCAAAGUUCUGUUAGAAGAACGUGGCUUCGAAAUCAUCGACGUACAGGCAGACGGAGCUUGUAUGUUCCGAUCUGUCGCCGAUCAGAUUUACGGGGACGAAAGUAUGCACGACGUUAUUCGACACCGAUGCUGCGAUUACAUGGCCCUGAAUGCCGAUUAUUUCAGGAACUGGGUAACGGAGAAUUUCGAAGAUUACAUUUCCAGAAAGAGGCUGUUGCAUACGCAUGGGAAUCAUAUAGAACUACAGGCGAUGUCGGAGCUUUAUCUUCGAAAAUUUGAAAUAUUCGAGUACAGUCCAAUUGCUAAUCAAACCUUCGACUGUUCGGAACCAAGCCAUUAUACUCCUAUUCGCCUGAGCUAUCACAACGGAAAUCACUACAACUCAAUAAGAAACCCUCUUCAAGCUACAAUAGGUGCUGGAUUAGGAAUACCGGGAAUGUCAGAACAUGCAUCUCUCCUCUCCCAAGCGCUAAAUCAAUCGGAACUCGACGAUACAGAAAAACGCAUGUUACUGGACAAGGCAAACAUGACGGACUAUCAAGCCACUGAUCAAGAGCUUCUAGCACAAGUUGCACGAGACUCCCUGGAGGAAUUCUACAACGUCAGAAAUCAAAACAAGAAGCAGAAGAAAAACCAAACAAAGUCUCUCAACCGUCUUAGUCCUUCAACAAGCCGUCUUUCUACACCUCCACCUCCGAUUUCACCAUCUUCGCAGCCAUCUUCUUCAAGCUCAUCCUCCCUCCCGUCUCCGGAAAAAGCUGCGAGCAAAGAGGACAUUGAACAGAAACCAUCAUCGUCAGCGAGUUCGCCAAACGCGCAAAUGGCCAUUCGACAGUCACGUGUCAGCUUGAGUAUAGAUGAACCCGGACCAAGCUCUCGUCAAGACCCAGUAGAAUGGGGCGUAUCCGACUGGGUAUCCGAAAACGACGAAGAAUCAAUCAUGGCCGCCAUUUUGCAACAAUCCGCCCAGGAAUUCUACUCCUCGUCUAAAGAAUAA